UCAAAAGUAAAAUCAAAUUAAAUUCUCACUCAGGACUCAACGUAAUUAGCGCGUUUAUUUUACCGCUUUUAUAAAAUAAAUUAAGUGUCUUUUAAAAUUCAUUAUUGUAGUUAGUAAUUAAAAUUUAAAGAAAUAAAUAAAAAAAAAAAAACAAUUUUCUUAAAAUAAAAUAUUAAAAAAUUUCGAAAAUGUUCUUUGGACUCGUGUUAAAGGCUAAUAGGAAAUAUACCCAAACUAUCAAAAAGGCAUUCCAUUUGUCCCAAGCUGCGUUAGACAUCAAACAAUGCGGGGAUGAACCAAUUCAGUUAGUUUUGAUUUCAGACAAAACUAGCUAUAUUUUAUGUACACUUAGAAAGAAAUCCGUGGAACAAGUAUCAUUGGAUUUAAAUUUUGCAGAAGGUGAUGAAAUUUCAUUUUUAAGUCAAGGAAAUGGUAAUGUUCAUUUGUCAGGAUAUCUUGUUGACGAAGAUUAUUUAGGAGAGGAUGAAGAAAUGGAAUUAGCCGAAACCCUGAAGGAAAAUGCGUCAAAGAAAGGCAAAAAAGAAAAGAAAAAUGCUAAAACUUCAAAAGAUGAUGAUAAUGAUGAAGACGAAGAUGAUGACGAUGACGACGAAGACGACGAUGAUGAAGAUGGCGGUUUAGAUUUGGGAGACUCUGAUGAUGAAAGUGAAGACGGUGAAGGUGAAGAUGAAGAGGAUGAAGAAGGUGAUGAAGAAGGGGAUGACUCAGACGAAGAUUCAGAAGACGAAGUAAAAGAACCAGCCCCAAAAAAAGAGAAAUUAGAAAAGCCAAAACAAAACGGUGUUGAAAAACCUUCAAAAAAGGAUAAAAAGAACAAGGAACAGCAACAACCACAACAAAAGCAAAAAAAUGAAAAAACACUUCAGGGCGGAGUCAAAAUUGAAGAUCUCCGUGUAGGUUCUGGACCAGAAGCCAAAGCUGGGAAAAAAGUGUCAGUUUAUUAUGAAGGAAGACUUAAAUCCAAUAACAAAGUUUUUGACAGUACAAAGCAAGGAAACGGAUUUAAAUUUGCCUUGGGUAAUGGUGAUGUAAUAAAGGGUUGGGAUAUUGGUGUUGUUGGAAUGAAGGUAGGUGGUAAAAGAAGAAUAACAUGUCCUCCAAAUGCAGCAUAUGGCGCAAAAGGAUCGCCCCCAGUUAUUCCACCAAAUAGUACAUUAGUUUUUGAAGUUGAAUUAAAAGCUGUUCACUAAAUGUACUAACUAUAAUUUUAUAAAACUUAAUUAUAUAUAUACCUAUAAUGAUUUUUUUUUAAAAUAAAGAGUUGAAAUAAGUUGUAUUUUCUGUUUAAACUUACAAAUAAAAUCUUUUAAAGAUA